AAGAGAGGGAGAGGUUUGCAGUUCCUCAUGAGAACUAGCCUCAGUCCACAACACAGAGGAGCUCACCUGUGACCAUCCCUGCCCUGGGGUCAGGGCCCGUCCUGCCUGAUGACCUCCCAGGCACAGGCUGGCUUUGCCCACCCCAAGUGUCCUCCACUCUCCAUGAGACCCUCACUUCACACCCGCCUCCCUGAGGCAGAGGCCCCUCCUCACCCUCAGGCCGUGACCUAUGCCCACCCCUCUCAGGACACUUGACCAGGGCUCCAGGGGACGGUGGUCCAGACCCAAAGGCCAGUCCCCAGACCGUGUCCUCCUAAUGAGCGGACUGUCCAGAGGCCUUGCCGGAACGUUCCAUCUCCCUCUCAGGGGAGGGGAGGUCCUCCCUGUCCUCCUGCCCUUGGCAGACAUCAGGAGCUCAGAAGAUCCCAGUGCCCCCCAGGAAACGCUGUCCUUAAGCACCUUUUCUCUACACAGGCGCCUCCUUCCUGGCUCUCCCAAUCCCAGCCAGGCCAGCCUGCCCCAUGAGGCCCCUGCAGAUGGACGCUGGGCAUCCCCUGGGCCAAGAGACCACACUGGGGACAGUCAGGGGAACUGCCAGGUGGAAGCCAUCAGGGCAGCCCCACAGACACUGCACCUUCCCCCCUGGUGUCCUGGGGGCCAGGCUCAGCCAGGGGCACCGGCCCUGCCCAGGACCAGCUGAGUGUGAGGAGCAGAGUGAGGACAAGUCACAGCAAGGGAAGCAGAAAUAAUGAGGGUCCUCCCAGCCACAAACACCAACACGGAAGGCGUUGCUGAGUCUCGUGCGGGGAAAACACAGGCUCCGGGUGUAUAAAAGCCCCAGAGCCCAGCAGCUGACAGGCUCACACACUCACACAUUCACCCACUCACACACACCUCCUCCAGCUCACCUCCUCCACACCCCAGCAUGGCCGCAUCCACCAUGUCCGUCUGCUCCAGCGCUUGCUCCGACUCCUGGCAGGUGGACGACUGCCCAGAGAGCUGCUGCGAGCCCCCCUGCUGCGCCCCCAGCUGCUGCCCCCAGGCCUCCUGCCUGACCCUGGUCUGCACCCCAGUGAGCUGUGUGUCCAGCCCCUGCUGCCAGGCGGCCUGUGAGCCCAGUCCCUGCCAAUCAGGCUGCACCAGCUCCUGUACGCCCUCAUGCUGCCAGCAGUCUAGCUGCCAGCCGGCUUGCUGCACCUCCUCCCCCUGCCAGCAGGCCUGCUGUGUGCCCGUCUGCUGCAAGCCUGUCUGCUCUGUGCCUGUCUGCUGCAAGCCUGUCUGCUGUGUGCCCGUCUGCUGCAAGUCUGUGUGCUGUGUGCCCACCUGCUCUGAGGAUUCCUCUUCAUGCUGCCAGCAGUCUGGCUGCCAGCCGGCUUGCUGCACCUCCUCCCCCUGCCAGCAGGCCUGCUGUGUGCCCGUCUGCUGCAAGCCUGUCUGCUGCAAGUCUGUGUGCUGUGUGCCCACCUGCUCUGAGGAUUCCUCUUCAUGCUGCCAGCAGUCUAGCUGCCAGCCAGCUUGCUGUGCCUCCUCCUCUUGCCAGCAGUCUUGCUGCGUGCCCAUCUGCUGCAAGCCAGUCUGCUGCGUGCCCACCUGCUCAGAGGGCUCCUCUUCAUGCUGCCAGCAGUCUAGCUGCCAGCCAGCUUGCUGCACUUCCUCCUGCUGCAGACCCUCCUCCUCCGUGUCCCUGCUCUGCCGCCCCGUGUGCAGGCCUGCCUGCUGCGUGCCCGUCCCCUCCUGCUGUGCCCCCGCCUCCUCCCGCCAGUCCAGCUGCUGCCGCCCAGCCUCCUGCGUGUCCCUGGUCUGCCGCCCCGUGUGCUCCCGCCCCACCUGUUGAAGCUUCUCCUCAGGCCAGAAGUCCAGCUGCUGAUGGCCACGUCCCCCAGGGCCAGCCGGUCUCAGACUCCACCUCCCUGCCAGUCCUUAGAAGCCCCUGACCUCCCAACCCACCCAGCCCCAGCACAGCUCAACCACAGAGAAGGAGCAGGCCCACCCACCUCCACCCAGCCCAGGGUGGGGUCUGAGGUGCUCACUGGCUCCUCCCUGACCUUGCCCAGCGUGGAGGAGCCCGGCUGCUCCUCACCAGGCUUCCCGGCUGCAGGCCACGACCCUCUGCUGUGGGGGAUGGGCCUCCUGACCGGGGUCUCACACCCAGGAGUGUCCCCCUGUACCUCUGAGCACCAAUAAAGCCGCUGUGGCCCCA